UCGGCCUUCUGUCGGUGAGACGUCGACAAGCCCCAGGUGGUAUUGUCAACUCAGUGAUCCAAAGUAUUACAGGCCGUAAACACAAGGGCCCAUCUUUUCACUCUGUUUCGAGCCACAAGGACUGGAAGAAAGAAUUGGAGUAAAAUAUCUAGGCUAUCGUUGUUAUUGUGGUGAGGUUAGGCACAAAGGGGAGAUUGCAAAGAAAUAAAGAAGUCGCUGAUUUCCUUGAGUUUUUCCGCUCUGCCCCUCGGCCGUUCAUUUCUCUCUUUACUGACGGCAAAGGACAGUUUCAUUCGGCAGAGCAUACAAUAUAAUCAAUAUCGUUCUGCCACUCCAUUGGAAAAAAGAGAUCUUGAGACCUAAUUUGUGCAUGGCUACCGUAAUUGUUGGCUAGCUGGCCAACGAAAUUUUAGAGCGGCAGACGCAAUCCAGCAGCCUGUAUCCGAUGAGUGCUAGAUUGACAGGAGGUCAUAUGGUGAAGCAGAGGCGGUUUAUCGGCAACACAAACAACAAAAUGAUUAAUAUAAGAGAAAAGUCAUUACGUAAAAUUUAAAUAUUCGGAAGAACCAUUUUAUAGUUCAAUGAAAGAAGGAUUUUUAAGAAGAACGCUCAAUAAAGCUGCGACGGAUCUAUCCAUUGAAAGAGGUUGAAGAAAGCUCUUAAUGGAUCCCAUCCAUUGAUCCAUUGUGAUUGAAACGUGAUUGAUGUUUUCAUUUACCAAAUGCCCUCUUUAUUAUAACAGAAGGUUCUUUUUUAGGUACAUGAGACUGGAUUAUUGGAGAAUUGAAUAUAAAAAUCGAUUUAUAAGGUUAAUGGAAAACCAAAGGAAUUAUCGUGAUAUAUUACUGUAAAUAUAUUUUCUACGUAUUUGUGAGCAGCGAUUAGUGAGAGAUAAAAGGUGCAUAGUCAAUUAUUCAGUGGAUGAUAAAUAGUUAUUGGAUUAUUUAAAGUAUUGGAUACGAUUGGAUGGUGAUUCAGCCACACAACAAAACUAUUUCUAUUAUUUUCACUCGAAUUUGUGUGCCGUCGUGGCAGUGUUUCAUCAUAAUGAGUUGUUAACUGAGAAUGCGCGAUGACGCAGCGGAUUUAUCAGUGGUCAACGAGCCCUCGCGAGGCCGUACCUCAGGGUAUCCAAAUGGAGCCCCCGAGAAUAAACUCCAAUCACCGAGGAAAAAUCCUCUCGAGGUACACACAGCAAGACAAGGAGAAGGCUGAAUGGGAAGCUGAUUACAUGCUAAAGGAUAAUGAAGAACCCAUUGAGUUUGUCCCACCGCAAACAAAGGAGGAGGAAAAACCAGCACCGACACCAUCUCUUCCACCCGUGCCUUAUUACAAACUCUUCCGAUUUGCGACACUCAGUGAGUUGAUGUACGUACUUGCGGGCCUGUUCAUGGGGACCUUGACAGGCCUCUGUAUUCCGAUAUCAACGAUACAGUAUGGUGAAUUCACUACACUCUUGGUGGAUAGAAAUACGGCGAACCAAACGAGCACACCUACUCUCAUCAUGGCUUGGUUUGGCGGUGGAGCGGUCUUAGGACCUAAUGCAACAGAGGAGGAGCGAAUGGAUGCUUUGUACGACGACUCUGUAGCAUUUGGCGUGUCAUGUGCAGCCCUAUCAACACUGCAAUUCUUCUUCGCUAUAUUUACAGUGGACUUCCUCAACGUAGCGGCCUUCAGACAAAUUGCCAGAGUCCGCAGAAUGUUCUUGAAAGCUGUGUUGCGACAGGAUAUGUCUUGGUACGAUACGAAUACAUCAACCAACUUUGCCAGCAGGAUAACAGAGGAUUUAGACAAAAUGAAGGAGGGAAUUGCCGAGAAACUCGGAAUUUUCACUUACCUCAUGGUAUCCUUCAUAUCGUCCAUCAUCAUAUCGUUUAUCUACGGUUGGAAACUCACUCUCGUGGUUUUGAGUUGUGCCCCAAUUAUCGUUAUUGCCACUGCAAUUGUGGCUAAAGUUCAGAGUUCCCUGACUGCCCGUGAAUUGAGUGCUUACGGUCAGGCCGGAAGUGUAGCUGAAGAGGUGCUCGGAGCAAUAAGAACAGUUGUGGCAUUUGGUGGUGAAAAAGUUGAAGUUGCUAGAUACACGAAGAAACUGGAACCAGCAGAGAGUACGGGAAUCAAGCGUGGAUUGUGGUCGGGUGUUGGUGGUGGUGUCAUGUGGUUUAUCAUCUACAUGAGCUAUGCCCUCGCAUUCUGGUAUGGAGUGCAAUUGAUUCUCGAGGACAAGCCCAAAGAGGAUAAAGAGUAUACACCAGCAGUUCUUGUCAUUGUUUUCUUUGGAGUUCUGGCUGGUGCACAAAACAUGGGGCUUACAUCACCCCAUCUUGAGGCAUUUGCGGUGGCACGUGGUUCAGCAGCAGCGGUAUUUCAAGUUUUAGAUCGUGUACCCACGAUCGAUAGCCUCAGCAGUGAGGGUCUCAAGUUGAAAAGUGUUAAUGGGGACAUAGAAUUUAAGGAUGUGCACUUUCGCUAUCCAGCUAGGAAGGACGUCAAAGUUCUCCAGGGAUUGAAUUUGAAGAUCAAACAUGGUGAAACUGUGGCAUUGGUAGGUGGCUCUGGUUGCGGUAAAUCGACCUGUUUGCAGCUGAUUCAGCGGCUUUACGAUCCCCUGCAGGGACAGGUACUUUUGGACGGCAUUGAGAUACCUAAAUUGAAUGUCGCAUGGAUGAGAUCACACAUUGGCCUCGUGGGUCAGGAGCCAGUUCUAUUUGACACAACAAUCCGUGAAAAUAUACGGUACGGUAACGACAACGUUACAGAAGAGGAGAUGAUCAAAGCAGCAAAGGAAGCGAAUGCACAUGACUUCAUCAGUAAACUGCCCGAGGGUUAUGACAGUCCAGUGGGUGAACGAGGCUCUCAACUAUCAGGCGGACAGAAGCAGAGGAUAGCUAUAGCACGUGCCUUAGUCAGACGACCAGCGAUUCUCUUGCUUGACGAGGCAACAUCUGCUUUAGAUCUCCACAGCGAGGCAACUGUCCAACGCGCCCUCGACGCCGCGUCCAAAGGCAGAACAACGGUCAUUGUAACCCAUCGUCUCUCAACAAUCACCAAUGCCGACAGGAUUGUCUUCAUAAAGGAUGGACAAGUCGCCGAAAUGGGAACUCACGAGGAACUCCUCGCACUGGGAAAUCAUUAUCAUGCUUUGGUAUCAGCUGAUGCCAGUGCUACUGCCAGAGCGAAAGCCACUGCGUCCGCGGCAAAAACCGUGACAGCGACAAAACCGAAGCCGAAGCCCCCCUUGAAGAAGCAGUUUUCCACCCUCUCGAUGCACUCACAUCGUCUCUCCUUGGCCGGUGGAUCGACAACAUCUGAAGAGGAACUUGAGGAGCAUGAAAAGCCGUAUGAUGCACCUACUAUGAGAAUAUUUGGCCUGAACAAGCCCGAGUGGCCAUACAAUGUGAUCGGUUGUCUAGCAGCUGCUGUGGUGGGCGCCUCGUUCCCAGCCUUUGCGGUAUUAUUCGGCAAAGUCUACGAGGUAUUAGGUCUACCGGACGACGAUGAGAUACGCGCUGAAACCGUAAACUUCUCAAUUCUCUUCAUUGUGGUUGGCAUCAUAACGGGAGUUGGUACUUUCCUCCAAAUGUACAUGUUCGGUCUUGCGGGUGUGAGGAUGACCACGAGAUUGAGGAGUAUAACGUUUGCGGCAAUGUUGAAACAAGAGAUGGGCUGGUUCGAUGAGGAUACAAAUAGUGUGGGUGCACUGUGUGCUAGAUUAUCGUCAGAUGCUUCCGCUGUUCAAGGUGCAACUGGCAGCAGAAUUGGAUCGAUUCUUCAAGCAAUGUCGACACUAGUUCUAGGCGUUGGUCUGUCACUGUACUUCACCUGGAAGAUGACACUUGUAUCCAUUGUCACGAUACCCCUAGUGCUGGGUGCUGUAUUUAUGGAAGCGAGAAUAAUGGGGGGUCAGGGGAUGGAGGAGAAGAAAAAAAUGGAAUGCGCCACUAGGAUAGCCAUUGAGGCAAUAUCAAAUAUACGUACUGUUGCCAGUUUGGGUAAAGAGGGGGCCUUUCUAGAUCGUUAUUGCGUGGAGAUGGCAAAGGUUGCUGCGGCUACCAGAACACGAAACCGUCUACGGGGUUUGGUCUUCUCCUGCGGUCAGACUAUACCGUAUUUUGGGUAUGCUCUUAGUCUCUAUUACGGUGGCUAUCUUGUGGCUAGAGAGGGCUUACCGUAUAAAGACGUGAUCACGGUAUCUGAAGCACUAAUCUUCGGCUCGUGGAUGCUUGGUCAGGCACUUGCCUUUGCGCCCAAUUUCAAUACAGCUAAGAUAUCUGCUGGCAGGAUAUUUCGUCUGUUGGAUCGAGUGCCAGAAAUCAUGACACCACCGGAAUUGGAUAAUAGGGAUAAGGAUUGGAAGGCUGAUGGACUCAUACAGUUUUCCAAAGUUGAAUUUCAUUAUCCAACGCGCGUUGAGAGUCAGAUUCUUCGUGGUCUCAAUUUGAUUGUUAAACCUGGCCAAAUGGUUGCAUUGGUUGGCCAGAGUGGAUGUGGUAAAUCAACGUGUAUCCAGCUACUUCAACGACUUUAUGAUCCAGUGUCGGGUACUGUUACUAUGGAUAGACGUGACAUUUCAUCGGUAUCGCUUUCUGCAUUGAGAGCACAACUCGGUGUUGUAGGACAAGAGCCUGUAUUGUUUGAUCGUACUAUCGCUGAAAAUAUUGCUUAUGGUGACAAUAAUCGUAUUGUUGGGAUGGAGGAGAUCAUCGAAGCCGCUAAGAAAUCUAAUAUACAUAGUUUUGUCAGCUCUCUACCUUUGGGUUAUGAUACGAGACUUGGCAGUAAGGGCACUCAAUUGUCAGGUGGUCAGAAGCAGCGUAUAGCAAUAGCACGUGCUCUCGUCAGAAAUCCACGUAUACUUCUCCUCGAUGAGGCAACAUCAGCUCUCGAUACUCAGAGUGAAAAGGUCGUGCAAGCGGCGCUAGAUAAGGCCAUGGAGGGUAGAACUUGCAUCACUAUAGCUCAUCGUCUUGCCACCAUAAGAAACGCAGACGUGAUUUGCGUUUUUGAAAAGGGUACAGUAGCUGAGAUGGGUACACACGAUGACCUCAUUGCAGCUGAUGGUCUCUACGCUCACCUUCACGCUCUCCAGGAAGCAGCCAUGGAAUAAAUGACAAAAUUAUCGGAGUCCCGGAAUUUUUAUUUUUGUUCUUCUCGUUUUAACAUUUUUAUUUUUUCGUAUUAUCAAAUAGUGGGAGGGACAAUGCUAUGGAAAUGGAGGUAGAAUAUUCUUCUGAAGGUUCUCGAGAUCACGCAUUUAAGUUAUACGUGUAGUUUCAUGGCCGAAAAUCCCACCGACGCCCGGGAAUUUGAGAAGCUGAAGGUGUAAUCAUAAUAAUUUUUUCUCAUCUCUUUCAACUUUAUCCUCAAUCAACAGGGCCUUGGCACACUCGCCAGGAUUUUAUGAUCUUUUUUAAUGUAAAAGUAGGGGAAAUAUGAAUUUUCGGGUGGAUUGAUAGUUUGUCUGACCCAAUGUAGACUUGGGUUACUCAAUUAUUAUCAUAACUAGGUAUUUUUAUUUAGGUGGAGUGGUAGGUUGUGCGGAUACUUUCUGUCGUUGGAAAUAUCAAGCGCACAAAGAUUGAUCUUGAGAGAAUUUAUUUUCGUAUAGAAUUUUUUUGUAAGUAAAUUAUUCAGUGUUUUUCCUUCAUGUGCUGUCCUCCAUUAUCUAAUGGCGUACCAUGCGGUUAGUUAUAAUUUGUUUAUUUUUAAGAUUGAAUAGAUGUCUCCAGAGAGGGAAAAUAGGGUUGGUCUGAAGUCGCAGACUGUCGAAGUAAAUUUCGAUGUUUUAUUAUUGUAUACACAAAUAACACAGUUAGUCUCAAAUUUUCUACUAAUGAAGUGUCAUUAUUUUCGUAGAGUUGUAAUCAUUCUAUUCCAUAUUGUUUCAAUAAUUCUUAUUUUUGUCCCUGAAUUAUCGUCAAUUUCGUAACGUAUUUUCGUCUUAGUAAUGCUCAGUGCAAACUAGACUAACUUCCUGAGAAAAAAUUGCACAUGUUGCCGUCAUUAUCGAUGGAAUAAUCUUUAACGUAUUUUUUUUUCUUCACUUAUUGCAUGCACAACGAUAAUUAGAUACUCGGCCGCUCAUCACGGUAGGGUAAUCUACUUAUUCGCUGACGUAAAAAAGGACCGCGGGGGGAAUGGAAAAAACGCCCAGCGAGGCGAAAUCUUUCUUGUUAGCUCUCGUUAAACGAGGCAUGUGGAGCCACCGCAAGAAAAAAAAACUGGAGAAGUGUCUUUGCUAGUUAUAUUUUUUUAGAAUUCUUUAAAUUGCGACAAUCUUUUUAUCCUCCGUAUCUGUGGGAAUUCAAAGGAGAUAUACUCAUAGUUGAAUUUUUUUAUUGAAUAUGUGGUAGAAAGUACUUCUGUGCCUAUAUUGUGUCAAGCGAGUUUUGAUAUCUUGUACCGUGAAAGUAUGAAGUUCAAACGAUGCAUGAACAUGCAGACAAAAUGGUGGCAGCGAACUUAAUAAGAAUCGUUGAUGGCCUGUCUACUUUUUAAACUAGGAAGAAGCCUGUUAUAAUCCGUUGACACAGAGAGAAUGACUUCAUGCAUUCGUUGAGAAAUUUUAUUGGGAUUCUGCUGGGAAUCCUUGAAGAGUUCACUGAUUUCUAUGAAACAAUCUACAAAUUUCCAAUAAAAUUUUUUAGAAAACGCUUCUCAUUUUGGGAAUUGUCAUAGAAUAAGAGUAGAAACUGUCUUUUGGCAGUUUGUUUUCGGCCGAUGACAAUACAUCUGUGUAGAUAUACGUAUAUUAAACGAUACUGACCAGUCUUAAAGAGCAAGCCUGAGAAAUGAUCGCUAGGCAAUCGAUCAUUGAACGGGUAGGUAUAUAACUGUUACUUAAAAGAUGUAAAUAAAAUAUGCAGACAUUGACGCGUGGUCUAACUUAGCAGUUCAGUGAUACUAGAUGUUACUAUAUACAUGAACGAGUAUUACUUUUUUUGUUUUUUUUGUUCAAUGUUGAUGAGAGAGACGAGCAAAUAUUGGAAGCAUUGUAAUCCGCCAUGUACCAACUUAUGAGCAUGAGAAAAUAAAUCGUUUUAAUGCGAAAA